AUGCGCCUCCCAACAGGUACUAGUGAAUAUAACGCCAAACUCGACACCCAUGUCACUACCUGGACUAUCAACCCGGGUGACGACGACUCGAACGAAGCACAGCCGGGUGAAAGACCAUUGUGGGCGAAUAUGCAAUGGCUAAACUCGGGCGGCGACGGCUACGACCCUCAUGCGACAACUUUCGGUGCUAUCGCCACAAAGAUUCCCUCCAAACCGUCUUUGAAAAAAUCCUGCGAUAAAUGCUGGAAGAAACCGGACCAGGACGGAACCCCUUAUGCUGCCUGCGCCUCGUGUAAGGUCUCGAGGUACUGCAGCCGCGACUGCCAGACAAGUCAUUGGAAGGAACACAAACCGCUUUGUCGUGUUCGUGUACAACACGCGCAGGCACAGCUGAAGGAAGCCCCCGACUUCCGCGCUGAGGGUACCUUUGUGUCCCAAACAGCCCUUCGCAAAUGGUACUACGACAAUGUUGAUAUUGUCGACUACGCUAUUGUCCAGCUCCUACAGCUCUACAAAGGUGACGCUAACUCCCUCUGGCGGACCCAUGCAGUUUUGUUUUCGCUCAAAGGCGGUAAAGAGGGCACCGACGUUGCUGCUGACGACCUAGACUUCUCAGACGCAUCAGCGACUUCCUUCACAGAUCUCGCACGCCCUGACCGUCUUGAACUCAAUUUGCCAUUCUUGCAGCUCGUUGGCGCUGGAAAGCGAAUCAUCCUCAUCUUUAUUCCAAAUCGCACCCAUGACCUAAUGCUCAUCGAUAGCCAUGACCUCCCAGAGGAGUCGGAAUGGGCUGCGAUGGAACAGGACAACAUGUGGCGAAUGCAUAUCCGUAUGCGGGACAUGGCUCGAGAAAUGGUGGCUAGGGACUCAGUCUAG